AUGUCGCAGGCGUACUUCCGAGACCUCAACCCCGCACAAGUCCAAGCCGUUCAACACCCUCCGGACGUCCCACUACAAAUCCUCGCCGGUCCCGGGAGCGGGAAGACCAGGGUCCUCACCGCCCGGAUUGCCCAUCUUAUCUUCCACCACCACGUCGCGCCACAAGCUAUAUGCGCGGUUACAUUUACGAAUAAGGCCGCGAACGAGAUGCGGGCGCGGCUAGACGUGCUUGUUGGCACGGACGAAUGGUCGGCCUGGAAACCAAUUUUACGAUAUGCGAUGCGGAUGAGAGGAUCGAUGAUCGCGAAAGCCAAGGCGCGUGGUCAAACAGCAGACGAUGUCAAGUCCAUAUACCUCCGCAACAAAGCCAAGGGCAGUCGAAGGCGCACACGAGUACCACCGGACGACGACAGUGAUGGCGACCCCGACGAAGGGGAAAACCAGACAUUGCAAGAUGCCAAUAUCAUGGCGGUUGUCGCAGACGUCUACACAAAGUAUGAGCAUACACUCAGGCAAAGCAAUAGCCUUGACUUCGAUGAUCUACUCCUUUUCGGUGUGCGGCUCUUCGCGCGGCAUCCCGCUGUCGGCGACUGGUGUCAACAUGUAUUAGUGGAUGAGUUUCAGGACACAAACACCAUACAAUACAAGCUCAUGAGACGGAUCGCUGCGGCGAGUGGAUGCGUGACGAUUGUGGGUGACCCUGACCAGUCAAUUUACGGCUGGCGCUCUGCGGAAGUGAAGAACUUUAUGAAGAUGCAGCGAGACUUCCCGAAGACGCAACAAAUUCUCCUCGAGCAGAACUAUCGCUCAACAGCGUCCAUUCUUAGUGCCAGUAUGGCGAUCGUGAGUCAAGAGAGCGCACUGCAGAAGGAAGGCAUCCCUAACAGGGUCCUGGGUGGACACAAGUUCUUCGAACGGCUCGAGGUCAAAGACUUGCUGGCAUAUCUGCAACUCAUCGACAACCCACACUUUGUACCCGCUUUUGCCAGAGUCAUCAACGUCCCUGCGCGAGGGAUCGGCGAGAAGACAAUCGCCGAGAUUCUGGCUACCGCACAGCCCCUCAAGCUGUCGCCUUUGGAGGUGGUGAUGCGCAUAUAUGAUGGUACACUCCCGGACAUCAAGCCAAGUGUCAAGCGCAAGCUCGCGUCGUUCGUCCCUCCUGUCAGGAUGUUGCAGAAACUAGCACAAGCGAGGACACUUCCAUCUGAUCUCAUCCGCAACCUAAUCGAAGGUAUCGAAUACGAGGCAUACCUACGCAAGAUGCAAAAGGACUGGGACAGUCGAUGGGAGAACGUACAGGAACUCAUCAACUUUGCGAGUGAAGUUGAGACGAAGUUGGGGGAUGGUGAGGCAGCGGCUGACCUGAGGAGCAACCAUGGGAUGACGAGUGGGACGUGCUCGAGGAAUUCGAUCGGGAUCAGUUGGACGACGAGGGGUUCGUGGAGGGAUACGCCACUGCGACUGUUUUUGCAGGCAUCCAUGCUUUCAACAGAUAUGACGGCGGAUAACAAGGACGACGGCAAGGGGGCCUCGAAUGGCCUGUCGUGUUUGUUCCUGCAGGCUCUCCUCUAUCUGACGCAUGCGAAUUCACGCAUGUUUGCGGGAGAGGCCAAGAAGAAGGAUAUGUCGGAUUUCGUCUCCGCCGCUCUCUGGGCCAACCAGGUUUGGAAUGCCUCGCACGGAUUCCCGAAUCGUCCUGCGGCCCACCCACCACCAGGAUCGAACAUUCCAGCACCUUUCCAAGGUCCUGUGCAGUUCUCGUCGGCGAGAACUGCACUAUCCGACAAGCCCCUCUCCUCCGGAGGACUGUCCACGCCUAAAGCGCUCCCAUUACCACCGCUUUCGCCAAUACGCAACACAGUCGUGAACACGGCAUACAACCACCUGCCUACCGCCCCGCGACAUCCUGUGGUGCCGGAGAAAGCCAAGAGAGCUUCGGAUACAACAAGCCAGCAUGCAAACCAUCGCCCGACUGUCGUGAAGCCGUCUCUCACCAAGUCACCCCUUCACGCAAAACCGGUGCCGACAGAAACGUCUCAGUCGGCUUCACCUCCCCAGUCCUUACCUGCCACUCUUCCAUCCAGUGGUUCGGAUGAAUAUCGAUCUUCCACCGUCAAGCCCGCCGCGGCAAGAGGCGCUUGGCCUUGGCGGAUGUGUUGUGGAAUCUUGCCGGUGCAUCUAACUUAUCUGCUGUCUGUGCUCUGUUUUUUUACCGCCGCCACGACCCAACCAGCUGGCAUGCCAUCGCCGAUCAAGUCGAAGAAGGCAAGACCAAGCAAGUCGAAGAUGGAGGAGGCGAAGGCGGCCGAGCAAGAGCCUCCACCCGCCUCACCGACUGCAGUCGGCUCACUCUACACUGCUCCGAUGGCGCCCGAAGACGACACGCCCGACUCGUUGUGGGAAGAAGUGAGGCGCCUCAAAGAGAAGAGUCUCGCCAAGUCUCCGCCCAAGUCAGGCUAUGCGAAGGCCGCUCAAACCCCCGAGAAGAAACUGACGAAACGUACCUCUAGUCCUACCUUCAAGGAGUCGCCAGAUGGUCUGACGGUGAUUCUCGAGGCGUCUCAUGCACGUACCAGCUGGAAGUGA